AUGACCCUUAAGGUGGUCUUCACUGUAAAAAAGAAGAAAAGGGACAAGGCCAUGAUCAAGGAGAAGAUGCACCGUACCUUCUCGCUUAGGAGACAGGAGAUUCUCCAGGAGCCAAAUAUUCCAGAGUUCCUAAACAAAUGGCCAGCACUCUUUGACGUCAGUGAGAUCAACUUGGAGUUUAUGCGACUGACAGCUGUACCUCUGACCUCCAAAUUCCUUGGAGAACUGGACCGCCUGACCAACGACCUGAUCAGGGUUUUCCAUACCAAAGGUGGAGCUGCAGGAAAAAAGAUCAGAGACGUGAUGGCAGAGAUGGAUAAUAAUGAAGACAUCAACGUGAGGCGUGAUUGUGUGCUGAGCUGUCUGAGCAUCUACCUCAAUGAAGACCUGGACACACUGGUUAAAGAAUACGUGGACAUUGAAUGCAGUGAGGCUGAGGCAGACAUCGCAGGGACGACCAUGGCAAUCUACACUGUUCGAGCUGAGGGUGAUGGUCCUGAUGGUCCUGGUGGACGCUUUGCAGAUGUUGGGGUGGUCCUGGAAGGCGUUGAAGUUCUUCACAACCUCCAGAGUGUCAAUCAUGCAUGCGUGAUGCUUUAUGGAAAAUAUUAUCUUAAUGCCAGGAUACUGGAGGUGAAGCUGGUGCAGGUCCUCCUUCAUCAUGCUGACCAGCUUGACACUGCUGACCUUCCUCAUGUCACUGCCGCCACAGUGGAUGAUGAGGACAUCUGGUGCUGCUCUUCCUUGCAGGGAGUGGAAAAAGAAGGAGAAAAGGCCUCCCCACUGCAGUCCACCCCAGCCAAACCAGCAGACACGGGCGCCCGGCAUACUGAGGGUGCUUCCCAAGGUCUCUGCAGCUCUCUGGACACCACGCCGGACAUAGCUGUCAGUGCUCCACACUGUGCAUAUGAAAGCACCGAUGAAGAUACGGAGCGCCUCAUCAGGUGGAGGGGGGAGAACGAGGCCCUCUUCACCGGGAGGCGCAAUGCUGAGGUGAAAGGUUUUGAAACUUUCAUCAAGGACCAGGCACUGGAGGGAAAGGUGGAGGCUGCCUUUGUUAAAAAGAAGUGGGAGAACCUGAAGCAGAAAUACAAAAACUGGGACCCGGUCUCUCGGCGCAGACACUGCAGCUGCAAGCCUGUUCCUGAGAGUGUCCCCAGACUGCUGAACAGGCUCGUGGCCUUCCCCUCCAUCACCAUCACCACCAUCUUCCUCUUCCUCUUCCACAGGCUCAGGCUCCAAAAUGUCCCCAGUGCUGAUGCAGAGGUUGUGGAGGAAAAGGCAGGCAGUGAUGACCUCUGGCACAAACUCCACCUUCACCUCCAGUGCCUUGAGGAAUAUGGAGCGCCACCUGGUCUUGAGGACUCCGAAUGCCCUCUCCACCACACACCGUGCCCUGGACAGCCUGGCGUUGUACCUGCCCUCCACCGCAUUGCGGACAGGCUCCCUGAAGGGUGUCAACAGGCGAAUCGGCUCAGCCAAGCAUGGGUAUCCGNACACCGUGCCCUGGACAGCCUGGCGUUGUACCUGCCCUCCACCGCAUUGCGGACAGGCUCCCUGAAGGGUGUCAACAGGCGAAUCGGCUCAGCCAAGCAUGGGUAUCCGCCAUCCCCGAUCAGAUACCAUCCAGGAGGUGGGUACAGCUGGUGCACAUAG